AUGAAAGAAAUCAAUUUAGAUUGUCUUAUCCUUAUUUUCGAUAUACUACAAGAUGAUAAAGAAUCUUUAUAUUCUUGUUUAUUAGUUAAUAAAAAAUGGUGUAAUAUUGCGGUACCAAUAUUAUGGAAGAAACAUACAUGGUGUUCCGAUAUGAAUUUUCGAUCAGAAAAAAAACUUUUUAACGUAUUACUCUCUUUUUUGCCAAUCUCUUCAAAAAAACUUUUAUCAGAUAAUAAGAUUGAAUUAUUACCUUCAACAAUUUUAAAAUCUCCAUGUUUUAAUUAUAUCAAUUUUUGUGAAUUUCCGGCAAGCCAUAAUGUAUCACAAAUGGCUAAUACUGUGUUACGUGGACUUUACAAUUAUCAUAAAAGAAGUCUUUUAGAGCAAGAAAUUUAUAAGUUAUUUGUUCACCAAUGUAACAAUGUCAAACAUUUAUUUUGGAAUACAAGUCAACCUAUACCAUUUUUUCCUGGAGCAUCGACAUGUUUCUCCAAACUCUACGAAUUACGUAUUGAUACUGAUUUCGUAAAAUCUGAUGCUCUUUAUGAGAUGGCACAUAUUUGUAAAAGUUUAACCACAUUAUAUAUUUACGGUAUUUCAGAUUGUUCCCAAAUUCUUUCUGGAUUAAUUUACUUAAUUGAUGCUCAAAGGAAUUUAGAGAAAAUAUGUUUUAAUAUUGAGGGUGAUGAAAAAACUAGAGAAGAAUUAAGCAAUGCAUUAGUAAGAAAUAACAAUAUGAUAAGUAAUCUUUGUUUAAGCUCAGUUAAAAAUAUUAUACCUUCAUCUCUAAUAUCACUUGUUAACUUAAAGAAGCUAACAAUUUAUAAUUGGGAAAAUUAUGAAGUAGAGAUUAAAGAAUUUCAAGAAUAUCUUGCAAUAUCUGAAUUUCAAAAUCUUCGAUACCUAAAUAUUAGUAAUUUAUCUUGUUUCAAAGAAAUAUCAUUAUUAAUUGAAAAAACUAAAGGAGGUGUUCUAGAAAUUUCUGUUGAAACUGCCAAUAAAGCUGCCAAAAAUACUGGAAUGUUAAUUAAAGCAAUUGCUGAAAAUUGUCCAAAUAUUGAUUAUUUAAGUACAUAUAUUGAACCUAAUGAUUUUAUUCAUGUAAAAUCAUUAUUAUUAAAUUGUAGAAACUUAAAAACAAUAAAGUUAGAUGGCUUGAAAUUUUUCGUGGAUAUAAAUGAUAGUAAUAUAGGGGAUGAAUUAUUAGAUGUUUUAGUAAAAUUCUCUCCAAAAUCUUUAGAUGAUAUUGCAAUUAGUGAAUGUUGGAAAUACUCAAUUGAAGCCUGUGAACGAUUUUUCGAGAGUUAUAGAAAACAACCUUUAAGUUCAUUUGGUAUCAUAAGAUAUGAUGAACGCAUUGAUCGUAAUUAUGUUACUAAAGAACAUAAAGAUAUUAUUAAUAAAUACUUUAAUGAGGGAGUGUUGAAAUAUGCAGAUUAUAGAUUUUAUUUCUGA